AUGGCAGCAAAAGAAAGCACUUUAUCUGAGGUCAAUGCCCCUCCUACGACGAUACAUACAUUUGCUUCAUACAGAAAAAAGAAGGGCGAUGCGGCGUUGGAACUCCUUGCCUCUACCGGUGGCGUGGAGCAGCCGACUGAUGCAGUGCGGAAUCGACGGCUCCUUCGACGAAUCGACUACCAUAUUAUGCCUCUGAUCUGCACCGUAUACUUUCUCCAAUACCUUGACAAAACCUCCAUCUCGUAUGCCAGUGUCACAGGUCUGCGAGAGUCGGCUCAUCUGGUGGGGGACCAAUUCAACUGGGUGGCUUCUAUAUUCUUCUUCGGCCAGCUUACAUUCGAGUUUCCCACCAUUUACGUUUUGCAGUUGUUCCCCCUGGCAAAGUAUGUCAGUAUCAAUGUCGUCAUCUGGGGCGCGAUCUUAGCUGCUUUGGCCGGGUGCAAGUCUUUCGUCAGCUUGAUGGUCUGCCGUUUCUUCCUUGGGGCGGCAGAGGCUACCAUUGUCCCUGCUUGGGUGGUCUUCACCAGCCAGUGGUACAAAAAAGAAGAACAAGCAUUCCGCGUAGGCAUCUGGUUCUCCAUGUGUGGAUUAUCCCAGAUGUUCGGAGGGUAUUUUGCUUAUGGCGUUGCGAGGCAUGUCGGAGGAGACGUCCACGCCGCCUUGAGAGGAUGGCAAAUCAUCUUCCUGUUCCUGGGACUCUUGACUGUCGUGGUCGGUGUGAUCUUCUGGUUCAUCCUCCCGGACUCGCCAGCAGUGGCGGGCUUUCUUUCUCCCGAAGAAAAGAUCCAACAUGUUGAACGCAUCCGAGGGAAUGAACAAGGAAUUGGAUCCAAGGCUUUCAAGUGGGAACAAGUCAGAGAAGCGCUCACCGACAUCAACACCUGGCUCUAUGCCUUCUGGGUCUUUGCCGCCAAUAUCCCCAACUCAAUCGCCACCAGCUUUGGCAACAUCCUGGUCACGGGCAUGGGUUACAGCAAGCUCAACUCUCUCUUGCUGGUGACACCGCUCGGUGCAUACGAGGUUGUCAUACUUAUUGCAGUGACCUACUUGGCGAUGAAGACUAAGCAAAGGUUGUGGUGUUGUAUCAUUACACACAUACCCUCUAUUGUCGGAGCGAUCCUCAUGGCAACGACUGAGAAGACUCCUGCACUGAUCGGAUACUACCUCAGCGGAGGUAUUCCCAUUGGCUGGACGACCAUUCUCGGGCUUCAAGCCAGCAACGUGGCCGGGUCCACAAAGAAAAUAACCGUCACUUGCAUCGGCACCAUCGCGUAUACAGUGGGCAACAUCAUAUCGCCACAGACAUUUCAGGCCAAAGACGCACCGAGAUAUCUCCCGGCGAAGAUCUCGAUUGUGAUUCUCUACUUCUUAAUCACAGUGGACUUGUUCCUCAUCCGGCUCGUCUAUGUGCGGAGGAACAAGAAGCGCGACGAAGCGAAGGCGGCGCUGGGCGAAGCUUAUGUGGUGGAGAAAAAUCAUGAGUUCCAAGACAUGACCGACAUCCAAAACCAACAUUUUCGAUACUCGUUGUGA